AUGAUCUCCCACGGCCUCCAGAAGAAGGCGCUUUCUGCUUGCCAGGCAUGGAGGCUUCUGAGCUCCAUUUGCAUCCAUGGCAUCUGCUUCUCGCUUGGCAUGGUUGGCAGUUUCAUCGUCGCGCUGCUGCGGCUCGUGGUUGGCGAGGCGGAAGACUGCCCCGGAGCCGAAUUUCUGGAAGGCUACGUCACCCAUGCGAGAUCCCAUGAGGCCAGCCAUGCAUUCAAGUACCCCGUGCGCAUGGCCCUGGUAGAUCUGGACGCACCACCACCCUGGUGGCCCGAGGAGCCCGUGCCACGGCUCUCUGCCAAAGAGGUGAGGGAGGCACUCGGCGUAGCGUCUGGCCGCGUUCGAGUGCUGACUACGCCAAGCAGUGCCGGGUAUCACCAGAAUCCCAUCCAGAUCUACUUCUGUGGAGAUGAGAAGGUGCACAGCCACGGCAUAUGCGAGGUGACCAACACGCCGUGGAACCACCACGUGUUCUUCGCCUUCGAUCGGGCGGGUGCGGAGCUGCCAAAGCCGCUGCACGUGUCCCCGCUGAUG